GCGGCUGGGCCGCGCCACCCGGCCGGGGAUGAGGGAGCGCGGCCGCCGGCGCGGCGGGGCCGUGGGGGCCAUGGCCGACGGCAACGCGGACUGGAUGGGCUCCCUGCCCGCGGCGCUGCGCGCCCUCCCGCUCUCCAACCUCGCCAUCCCGGGAUCACAUGAUUCUUUCAGCUACUGGGUUGAUGAGAAAUCUCCUGUGGGACCAGACCAAGCCACAGCCAUCAAACGUUUGGCCAGACUUUCCUUGGUUAGAAGGAUCAUGAAGAAAUGGUCAGUGACUCAAAAUCUGACUUUCAAAGAGCAGUUGGAAGGUGGGAUCCGCUACUUUGAUCUUCGUGUAUCUUCCAAACCUGGGGAAAUAGGACAAGAGAUUUAUUUCAUACAUGGCUUGUUUGGCAUCAAAGUAUGGGAUGGGCUGAAGGAGAUUAAUACCUUCCUUGAGCAGCACCCCAAGGAAGUAAUCUUCUUGGAUUUCAAUCACUUCUAUGCCAUGGAUGACGGCCAUCACCACUUCUUGAUCAACAGGAUCCACUCAGCAUUUGAAUCCAAACUUUGUGCUGUUGAAUGUGUGGAAUACGUGACAUUACAGUACAUGUGGGAGAAGAAGCACCAGGUUCUCAUAUUUUACCACCACCCUUUGUAUCAGGAAUACCCCUUCCUGUGGCCAGGUAAUAAAAUGCCAGCACCAUGGGCUAAUACAACCAACGUGCACAAACUGCUGCAGUUCCUGGAGACCACACUUGAGGAACGAAGUCGUUACGGGACUUUUCAUGUUUCUCAAGCAAUCCUCACACCUCGAGUGAAAACUAUUGCACGACAUCUCGUUCGUGGUCUGAAGAACACACUUGUUCAUAGGAACCUGCCCAUGAUUUUGAAUUGGGUGAAAGAACAGAAGCCCGGUGUUAUGGGUGUUAACAUAAUUACCUCGGACUUUGUGGAGCUGGUUGACUUUGCUGCUACAGUUAUUGCACUGAAUGACCUCCUUUUAGAAGAGGAUGAAUCUACAUCUAAAUCCUGAUUGUGCUCAUCAGUGGACAUCUUUGAACUAUGCUCAGUGUUUUACUUAUCAAGUGAAACCCAUUGUAGUCUCCAUUCAUUUAAAAAAAAAAAGUGUCCUAGAGGAACCGUGGUUAGACAUCACGUACAGCCAGGUCCCCGCUCCUGGCGAUGUGUGGACCUGAGUGGAACAAAGUACUGUCUGAGUGCUGCUGCGUGUCUGUCUGUGCUAAGUGUUUGACUAAGUUAUGCACACAUCUGCUGCCGUCUGGUGCAGUCCCUGCCUGCCAACGAGAGGCUGGCCUCUGGAGCAGAUGUACCCGAUUGUGGGGCGCAUCUCCCUGGUGACUGGGCUCACCGUGCCCUUGUGUGUGCAUCCUGCUUGUUUCCCAUCACCACGGCUCACUCCAAGGAUUGCUGCUGAUCCCAUAGCGGUCUGGCCAGGCUGGCUGAGAUGGUAUUGUUCUUGGGCCACCUCAGGCAUAGCUGGGCCCAGCUGGGGGCUGCUGCUGUGUUCAUUAUGCUGUUUUAGACACUACCUCUGACUUACUUGAAGGGACAAUAUUGCCAUUGUUCAGGGGGAAGCUGUUAACACUGUUAAAUAUCCAAACUGUCCUUUGGGCCUGAGAGGUGAAGGCUUGUCCCACUCUUCCUCUUUGGAGUCCAAAUGCUUCUUCUGGACCUCUUUAUAUUACUUUAAUACUUCAAUACAUUUAUUGCAACCAUGUUUGUUUCUUUUUUGUUUGUGUUUCUUUUGUCAUUAAUUUGGAGAAUAUUUCUAUCUUCAGAUUUUGAAGAUUAUAACUCACAAGUCUGAAUUCCUGUUGGGACAUUUGAGAAUGUACAGCGCAACCUUUCUCUUUUGCUUGUUGGUUACUUGGAUUUUUUCAUCCUUUGGUUUUUCUUUGGGGAAAGUUUCUCACCCAGACAGCCUUUCUCUGGAAGAAGGUGGGCUAAAUGGGGGAUUACUUGAUAUUCAAAGAACUGGAGUUGACAGGGACUGCAUAAAGCCUAAAUAUUGAAUCACUGUGACUUGUGAUGUGACAAUGAAUUUUGAAAUAGGACUUGCAAGUUGUGCUUGUAGCUAUGGGGGAGAAAUUUCUCCAGCCUUCACAUGCUUAUGACAAAGUAAGCAAUAGUCAUAGAAGCACAGGCAGGUGUCAGUGCUGCUUCUUUCUGUAGUCAUGCUCAUUUUUGUUUGUUCACAACAAGAUAUGACCAUGUGUGUUUGCGCCAAUGCAAUCGCAUGUUGGUGCUUAUCAGCACUUAAUUCACUAGCUGAUAGCAGUCCUGCAGUCUGGUUUACCUUUGUUUUUUUUUUUAAAAAAGAUUAAGCACAAAAAUGACUGAUUAGCAGAUGCUUCUCUCCUCAGUCAUCUUUCUAAAGCAACUGUUGGUGCACUAAUUAUUCACUGAAUAUGAAUUUGUAUUAAUCUCUAAGCUUAUUUAUAAUAGAAUGGAUCAUUUUUUAUGGAUAUUUUAUUCAAAAGAAAAGUGAAUCUCAAGAUUUAUUAUUUUUGUUAUUGUAUCCUGUGUCUGCCAUCAUGGUCUGACAGCUGUGAAAAAUCUCAAACCUCUUUGCUUGCUUGUCACAAACUCUAAACUUAGGACAAGUUUAUCUAAAGGUUUGCAAACCUUCCAUAUGAACCUUGGCUGGAUUCUGAGCAGACUGUAAUCUGAUUUAUCUGUUGUUUGCAUGGUUUUCAUUAGAGUUCUUUGAAUUUUUUAACUGAAUCCUUUCUCUAAGGGAGUUGGGGGUAGGGGACUGCCUGUCACUCAAGCUGUCUUUCUCCUUUCCUCUUGUGUUCUAGUGACGGGGGACAAGUGAUAAAAAUCAGUUUUUGGGAACUAAGCUCAAAUUUCUAGUUUAAUACUUCCUUUGAAAACCUCAGCAGAAGGUUUUUAUUUUUUUUUUUCUUGUUGAUGAAACUGUUGGAACCUUUUUUUGAACAGCACUGUUUAGUGUGCAAAUUUAUUUAAAAUACCUGGAUUUUCCUUAGCUGUAUUUUGUGUUAGCCUACUUUACUCGUGGCCCCAACUGAAACUCCAUGAUAGCAUUACGUGUAUGGAUUUGGUUUCAGUGGUGGUGUAGCUGCAAAUUGUCUUAGAGCUCAGAACUCAGGAAAACCUGGCUUGAAUACUGAUUAGGCAGAAAUAAUAUGUUUGCAAGGUUUCCUGCAGAACUGGAAGACAAGGCAAGAAGAUGAAGUGAAUAUGAUGUUUGCAUUUGACCCUUAAUGUAUUUUGUACUGUAUAUAUCUACCUCAAAAGAGAUUUAUUGGACUUAACCAAUACUUGUAUUGUGCAUGCACAGGAAUGACUGAGUCAUUGGUCCUUCUGCUGUAUUUAUUUGGAUAGAAACGAGAUGGUUGCAACUCAGGGCUUUGGUUAGACAUUUUUAAGUGCAAACUCAGCAGUUUCUCUAACAUACUUGCUGUUAGCUCUUGCCUCUUGAAAUAGAUAAUGGCAUGUUAGGUGUUAAGAGUGUUAGCAGAGGGAGAAGAAAUGGAAAACAGCUUUAGGAUUAAUGGUUAAGUAUGUGUGGGGGGAGAACAAUGUUUCUGUAAGGUUGGCCUGUCUGAGGAGUCUCAUGUGUCUUUUCAGAGCAGUGCUGAUGUUGUGCUUCUAAUGUGAGGAACCUGACAGUCUCAAGUAGUGAGUUGGGCUCUUGGCAGAUAAUACUUGUCUGUGACAGGAUAUCUCCCAUGGAUAUUCUGGGCAAUGUUAGUGCUGGUGUUUCAAAUUGGUCCUAGGGUAGUCCUAAACCAUCCUAAGCGAUAUGAACUAUCUUUCUUCUAUUCUGUUACACAGAGCAAAGCUACCCAUAUAACAGGCUUAUCUCUCUGACACAACACCAAAACAUAUUCAGACCUCCUCAUGCUUUGAAAGAUGGAGCUCAUCUAGGCUUGAACUUUGGGCUGUGGACUCUAUUUUGCAGCAUUACAAAAUUAAAAGGUGAGCUGGGCAGGAAGGGAGGGUCAAGGAAGUAGGGCAGUAGUUUGCAUCCAGUGCCCAGGUGGAAGGUGUGGCAGUGUUUGGCCCAGUUUCAGGCAGUAGAGUGGAGCAGGUCUGGCAGGUGAGUGACAGUGGCUGCAGCUCAUGCUGAGACACUCAGGCAAUAGUCUGACUCUGAGUAGUCUGUUCCUGAGGUCAGUGUGAGCAAUUCAGACUGUGAGAUCAGGGAUGUGUGAGCUGGAGGAAAAUAAAGAUUGACAUGAACACAGGAGAAAGCUGGGGGUUUUUUGCUGUUGAUGUAGACAUACAUUUGGUGAAUACAGUGCUUCAGUCUUGCUCGUAUAUCCCCAAAGCAGUAGGGUUUACUCUUAAACAGUCUAGGUAGAAAACUCCCCCUGAAGAGUUGUUCUGACUUCUUGACUAUUUGGUAGGUGCUGGGAGAGGAAAAGCCAGGAAAAGAGCAGCUGCUUGAGGCAAAGUACUUACUUGAAUUGCAUGUUCUUGAAUAAUUAUUCAUAUGGUUUGUUAUUAUAGAUUCAGGUUACUUAUAUAUUGUUUUAUGACUGUUCUUUCUCUUCCUAAUAUGCAACACAGAAUGCCAAGCACACUGAUGGCAUUCCUGUUCUCCUUGCACUGAUUGCUGCCAUGUGCAAUUCAAGGGCACAUUUGAGGCACAGUAGAUCUCUGUGUGUAUCCUUGAUGGGAAGUAGUAGGGAGAUAGUUGUUACAUGUGUGACUACUUAGCUUCUUACUGUGUCCUUGUAGGUGAAAACAGAAAAGGAGUCACUACUGGAUUUUGCAGACUGACAAUCUCUUGGCUUCUUACUGUCCUAAUACAUUGAACUGUGAAACUGGGAGUUAGUGUUUUCUUUUGUUAUU